CCACUGCGUCAGUGCCCUGCCCUGAGGCGGCUCUUGCCAUCCUUUAAAAAGCCACUGGUCCACAUUGAUCCUCCGUUACUUUCGGGCUAGGGUUUGCUGGAAUGAAAAUAAAAAGGCCUAGAGCGAAACGCUGUGAAGUGACCCCAUAUAAUGGGGGGAGGAGGGGCUCAGAGGAGGAAAGGGGCAUAACAGAAAAAGAUGUCGAUUUUAUUUACACUCCCAGCCCAACCUUAACCGAGUUUAGCCAGCUUCUCCCCUAACAACAGUCUUUCAUCCUCGCGGAGUUUCUGGCAGCUCAGCCACACUCAGUCUCGCCCCGCCCCUGGGUGGUGUUGACGCAGCUGCUUCCCAUUCUACUCCAGGCCGGAGGGGGCGUGAUGACGUUAAUGCUGCGUCAGCGUCCGCGGGGAAGAGGGCCUGGGGGCCCUAUCUCGGGGAGGGGUGUGGGGCUAACGGCUGCCCCUGGCCCUGUGCCCCCCAACUGUUUCAGCUUCUCGGGACAGACUGUGGGCCAAAGCCCGUGAGAAGUCGCCCUGGAAGCCGGACUUGCUUCUGUUUCUCCCUUUACCAACCCCGCCCCCCUGAGACUGCAAUCUUUCAUCUAAGAAGAGGCUUUCUGUUCUCUAGACAUUUUCAUUUUCUUCUUUAGAGCAAUAAAUUCCAGUAUGGAGACUUAGAAUUCUUAAAGGGACAUGGUCUAAACUCUGGGAGGUAGUUUUGUGCUUUAAUAUAGAGAUUAAUAAAGGAUGCUUUAAAAGUACCUUUUCAGAGUUAAUGUAUCACACAUCUAUAUAAUAAUUUUUUGGUAGGGCAACAAUUUUUGAGUAUAUAAGAUUAUUCUGUAAGGUUUGCUAUAACUAUUUGUGACCUGGUAUAUCCUUAAGUAAAUAUGGUAGCUCUUCUAUAUAUGUGGUCCUUAGCUGAACAUACUACAAUUUAAUUUUUUAAAUGCAAAAAAAGCCUCCUUUGUAAAUUAAACACCUUUUUGAAGUUUAUAGAAAAAUUUGUUCUGUAAAGUGUAAUGUCAUCAAGUGAUUCUAAAUUGUAGAGAAUGAGUAUCAGUUAUAGUGAAAUACCAGACUACCCAAAAUACUAUAGAAAACAUUGAAUCAGCAACGCUUACUUCAAAAUAGACGAGGAGCUAUUUGUGUGCAAUUUGAUAAGUGACAGGAUAUAGAAGAAAAGCAAAAUUUGGUCACUUAAAACCAUAUCCAUCUUUAGUCAGUAAAAGCUUGGCUUCAUACCAAGUUUGUGCACGUUCAGAUCUUCAAAAGUGAAAUAAAAUGAAUGCUAGAUUGCAAAGUAUACCACUAGCUUUUUAAGCAUGGCCUUUAAAGUUAACCAAUAUAAAAUAUUUCUAACUCUAUAAAGUUGAUUUCAAGUGUUUAAGAUAUUUUUGGUCUCUUGCAAAUAUCUUUAGGAAAAUAAGAAUUAAAUAGAAUCUAAAGAGAUUAUCUUUUUUCUCUUCUGUAUCACAGUGUAUAGUUUUUAAUGAUCAGGUUUCACAGCUUCCUACAAAAAGCAAAUAAAGAUAAGUAAUUUGGAUUUUCUCUUAAGAUUUGUGAAAUACAUAAAUAUACAUAUAUACUUGUUUGUACAUAUACUUAUAUGAACAUAAAUGGGUUUAAAGUAUACAUCUUUUAAAGUGUAUCAACUUUCAGGCCUUUGAGUUAACAUUAUAAUAAAUGAGCAACAUGAUAAUAAAAUAGCACCCUAUAAUACUGAAAUAAUUAUUUAGAUCCAAAGUAAAAUACUAGAUACCAUUCAGAUGAUUUGAGAGAAUUUCUUCACUUCUUACAGAGUUGACCCCAUGUCAUUCUAAUGCUGGAAAUCCAAUAAUGAACAAACCUACUCAGAUCUGUGUUUUAGUGUAAAAGGAUGAAAAAAUUCAUUUGUAUGUUUUUAGCUAAAUAUAUAACUAACAUUGCAAACCUACGCACAAAACUACCUCCCAGAGAAAGACUUGUCCCCUUUUAUUCCCCAAAUACUCAAUUAUGAGUGUGGUAGAGGACGGUGUGCUGUUAUCACAUUUGAUGAGUAGUGAUACACAUGAAAUGAAAUAUGAUUUGUCAUGUGAACUCUACAGAAUGUCUACAUACUCUGCUUUCCCAGUCAAUGUUCCAAUCUCAGAAAGGAGUCUUGCUCGGGCUGGAUUUUAUUACACUGGUGUGAAUGACAGAGUUAAAUGUUUCUGUUGUGGCUUAAUGCUGGAUAACUGGAAACAAGGAGACAAUGCGAUUGACAAACAUAAACAGCUAUAUCCUAGCUGUGCCUUUAUUCAGAAUCUGAUUUCAGUUAAUCUGGGAUCUUCUCAGUCUACAUUUUCUUCUUCAGUGAAUAAUGCCACACGUUCAUUAUCUCUCAGUUCAGAACAGAGUGGAUAUUUCAGUGGUUCUUAUUCCAGUUUUCCACUGGAGCCAGUGACUUCCAGAGGAGUUGAGGACUUGUCCCCUUUGAACACCAGCCCCUACAGUUAUUCUAUGAGUACUGAAGAGGCCAGAAUUCUUACUUACCAGGCAUGGCCAUUGACAUUUCUGUCACCAUUAGAUCUGGCAAGAGCUGGCUUUUAUUAUAUAGGACCUGGAGACAUGGUAGCUUGCUUUGCCUGUGGUGGGAAACUGAGUAACUGGGAACCAAAAGAUGAUGCCAUGUCAGAGCACCGAAGACAUUUUCCUCACUGUCCUUUCCUGGAGAGUCAAAUCCAAGAAACAUCAAGAUUCAAUGUUUCUAAUCUGAGCAUGCAAACCCAUGCAGCCCGUGUGAAAACCUUUGUGACCUGGCCACCUCAAAUUCCAGUUCAUCCAGAGCAGCUUGCAAAUGCUGGCUUUUAUUAUGUGGGUCGAAAUGAUGAUGUGAAGUGCUUUUGCUGUGAUGGUGGGCUGAGAUGUUGGGAAUCCGGAGAUGAUCCUUGGGUGGAACAUGCCAAAUGGUUCCCAAGGUGUGAGUACUUGAUACGAAUGAAAGGUCAAGAGUUUGUUGACCAAGUUCAAGCUAGGUACCCUCAUCUCCUUGAACAGCUAUUAUCAACUUCAGAUAUUCCAGGAGAUGAAAAUGCUGAACUACCAAUUAUUCAUUUUGGGCCUGGAGAAAAUAAUUCAGAAGAUACAGUCAUGAUGAACACUCCAGUGAUUAAAGCUGCUUUGGAAAUGGGCUUCAGUAGAAGUCUAGUAAAACAGAUUGUUCAGAGUAAAAUCUUAACUACUGGAGAAAAUUACAAAACAGUCAAUGAGGUUGUAUCGGAUCUCCUCAAUGCAGAAGAUGAAAAAAGGAAAGAGGAAAAAGAGAGACAAACUGAAGAAAUGGCAUCAGAUGACCUGACAUUAAUUCGGAAGAAUAGAAUGGCUCUGUUUCAGCAUUUGACCUGUGUACUUCCUAUCCUGGAUAGUCUCUUAACAUCCGGUGUGAUUAAUGAGCAGGAACAUGAUGUUAUUAAACAAAAAACACAGACGUCUCUACAAGCAAGAGAACUGAUUGAUACCAUUUUAGUCAAAGGAAAUGCUGCAGCCAGUGUAUUUAAAAACUGUCUCAGAGAAAUUGGUUCUGUGUUAUAUAAUAAUUUAUUUGUGGAAAAGAACAUGAAGUAUAUUCCAACAGAAGAUGUUUCAGGUCUUCCUAUGGAAGAACAACUUAGGAGAUUACAAGAAGAAAGAACAUGUAAAGUUUGUAUGGACAAAGAGGUUUCUAUUGUAUUUAUUCCUUGUGGUCACCUAGUAGUAUGCAAAGAAUGUGCUCCUUCUCUAAGAAAAUGCCCUAUUUGCAGGGGCAUAAUCAAAGGUACAGUACGUACAUUUCUUUCAUGAAAAAAAUCUAUACAUCCAAAUUUGUAUUGAAAAGACUUUAAAAUGCUCAGUCUUAAGCCACUGAAGUCUUUUGAAAGAAAGAAAAGUUGUUUUAAGGCUUUUUAGUAGCAAAUCAAUGUACAAUUCUUCCUUGGUGUUAGUUACUUGGUUUCUUAUAGUACAUGGUGUCAUGCAUAUACUAUUGUCAUAAUUCCUUGAAAGUUUAUGUAUAUGUAUGCAUGUUUAUGUGUUGGAAGAGCUGGAUGUGAUACUAUGUGUUUGAAAACGUAAGGAUAGAGUGUAGAUAUACUGCUAUUAUGCAUUUGGGGUUUUUGAAUUUGGUUAUCUUACUAAAAGCUUUGAAUCCUAUGUAAGUGUAGUCUUGAACAGGUGUGGGAAACAGGAGCCCCCAAAUUUGUCAUAACUACGGUGCCACUUUUUUGGGUGCUUUUUACAGUUUUGUUGUAAAAUAGAGACUAGUUGAGGUAAAAAGUUUCCCUAAUAUGAGGAACAGAUUAACAGUAUAAUAUUUAAGAGAGAGAUUUGAUGUUUUGACCCAGUUGAAUUUUUAUAUUCAUAUAUAUAUAUCUGGUGUGAUGUUUCUUUAAAGAGAUCCUAAAUGACAUCUCAUUUUCUCAAAACUCUUUAAGUAGAAUGUCUGGGUUUAAAAGGACAGAUAAGAUUUGAAAGUAGCUUUUUUGCAUUAUAAUAAUGUGACUUACAAAAGAAUUUCUUUAGUGAUCUAUAGUGUAUUUAAAAGGUGAUUCUGUUUCAGGAGCUUAGCUGUUGUAUGUCAGAUACACUUGUAUUCAUUAUAAAAAACUGAAUAAUGCCAGUGUGGUGGGAUGCUACCAUGUUCUUUAUAAGCUAAAUUAUAUUUGUUUUGUAAAACUUAAGUAAUAAUGUCUCUUUUUAUAAUGGAUGUCUACUGUAAUUGUUUUUCUCUAUUCUCUGUACCUUGUUGUUAAUAGUUUUAAUAAAUGUUUGCAUAUGAUGCCAGCUAGUGUGAAGAUACACAACUAUCUUGUCAUUUUUGUGUUUCCUACAGUGCCUUGCACAUUGUAGUUACUCAGAUAUUUGUUAAUUAGAUGAAAGAUAAAUGCUAUGAAUCAGUGAGUCUUGUGCUUUGAUAGUGUCCUCUCAGAGUUGUCAAUGUAGAAGCCUUUUUAUGUGCCUGGUUCUCCAGUAGCUUUUUUUUUAAUAAUGUAAAGAAAUUACAAUAAAAUAUAUAAUUAUCCUUAAAACCUUAA